GACUGGAUAGACCGAGUAGUUAUUAUUGAACUGUUAAACAUUAUUUCGUCUAUUUGGAAAUCCUGACGAAAUAUUCCUCCUUAGGUUUGGUUGGAACUAUCAGAGCAUUUAUCAGUUUAUUAUUGGUCUCCGAAAUAUUUAACAUGUUUCGACCAGUUUGCACAAUUGGUCAGAGAAUCUCAUUUGAGAAAAAAUCCAAGGAAUUUAUCAGGAAUAAGGUGGUCCGGCCUGCUUCUUUCCUAAAACCUGUGGAAAAGAUCAAACUUUACAACAAGGAGAAUAAAGAGUUAUUUGGGCCUUUGUUAGAAACUAGUAAGCAGAAGAAACAGCGCUUGCAGAAGUCGGCUAAAAAUAGUGUAUCACAUCAAAACAACGGCGCAAACGCUACAAACGAAAAUAAAUUGAAAUUCUUAGGAAGUACAGACAGAAAUGAAAUUGGACAGUGUAAGACACUGACUGGAUAUUUGAGGUACAAUCCAGUGCUGGCUGUGAAUGUGUUGAAGAACAAAAUGUGGCAAAAUACUAGGCACUGUGUGAAUUUCGUAGGCGUUGUGUUGAAUAAUACAGUAGUUAGGAGUUUAGCUACAUCUGCAUCAUGUAAUGCAGUCCGUAGCUCUCCAGCACAGCCUGGCUAUGUGAGUGAAGACAAAAUCCUUCAGAUCAAACAUCACAAGAAUGAUUAUGCUGAACAGUUCCCAUCUGUGACCUUAAUAUUAAAUAAAACAAUGACAGAGGAGUCUAGGGCAGCAUUGGAGAAAUGGAAGCAGGAAAAGAUUGCUGAGAUGGGAUUGGAUGAAUUCAACAAAUAUUAUACAGGUGAGUUAUCCUCUUAACUUGUUAUUCAUGGAUGGUGUCAGUAGUUUUGAGGUUGUUAUGCAGGAACCUUGACUGUCAAUUUGGCUCUAUAACAUUUAUGAUGAAACUUCUUAGAUUUUUUCUCUAGCAUAUUUUGUUGCAUCAUUCCUUUGGUAACAAUUAUGCGUCAUUUGCAUAGUAGCAUGACAUAUAGACAUUUUGUAUCUCAUAGACUUAUUCAAAGCAACUUCAAGUUAAAU